AUGGCCGAGGAGAAACCAAAGGAGGGAGUCAAGACUGAGAACAACAAUCAUAUUAAUUCGAAGGUGGUGGGGCAGGAUGGUUCUGUGGUACAGAUUAAGAUUAAGAGGCACAUAUCACUUAGUAAACUAAUGAAAGCCUAUUGUGAACGACAGGGAUUGUCGAUGAGGCAGAUCAGAUUCCGGUUUGAUGGACAACCAAUCAAUGAGACCCACACACCUGCACAGUUGGAAAUGGAGGAUGAAGAUACGACUGAUGUGUUCCAGCAGCAGACAGGAGGUGUCUACUAAAAAGGGAACCUGCUACUUUACUCCAGAAU